AUGACCUUCCCGCAGCGUAGCUGCUCUUUACCCGUCGUAGAGCAUCCACCAAUACGAUCAUCCAGCUUGGCAACGCCAUCAUCAUCUAAUACCACCACCACUACCACUACUACAACCACCACUACUACUUCCACUUCUACUACCAAUGACACCGAUGAAGCUAUAUCAUUACUCGAAUGGAAACGCAUGUCGAUAUUGCGUACGUUGGAUUGGUCUAAUAUCCUUGUCCCCACCGAUUUGUGGACAUCAUCCCAACUCUUCCCUGAUAUCAACCAAAAGGAUGAAUGCCAAGAGACAGCAGAUCGAUUAUGGGAUGGUGAUUUAUCCGUUAUUGAACCAACAUCAAUGGCAUCGUUUUUAGGUCGUUCUACACCUUUCUCGCAAUGCACUCUUAAAUUGUACCUUGCACACUUUGACUUUGGCCAUUUGAGGCUUGACGAUGCACUGAGAAAGCUUUGUGGAAAACUAUACUUCAAGGCUGAAGCACAAGAGAUCGAUCGCAUCCUGGAAGCCUUUGCACAUCGAUAUUGGCUAAACAACACGCACGAGCUAUAUGGAAGUUCAGAUGUUGUGUAUGCGGUGGUCUACUCGCUUAUGCUGCUUAAUACCGACUUGCAUAUCGCCAGCGGUCACCAACGCAUGUCUCGGUCGGCAUUUUGCAAGAACACAAUGAACACGCUUUGUGGACAUAUCGAUUCAGUGGACGUUGAUUCCUUUGGUGGUGUUGAUGCAUGGAAAGCUGACAUGGAUUUACGUUUAAAGGAGCUGUAUGGAUCAGUCAAGCAACAGGGGUUCACCCAGCCGAUGGAUCGACCCGAUCAACCACCGCUCAAUGAAAAGCCAAAGACGCUGCUGCAUAAGAUGGGAUCAUUACGACUUAAGGAAAAGCGCUUGCAAAAGGAGGACAAAUUCACAGACGUUACACCACAACAACAACAUCAUCAUCAUCGACCUGCUAGUGGACCACGACUUGAAGGAAAAUUGAUGUGCAAGAUGAUGACAGAGAAGCCCAACCGACGAAAGACCGAAGGAUGGUACCGUGAAUGUUGGGUAUCGUUGGAUCGUGGAUAUCUGAAUAUCAAUGAACGACGUCGAGGAGGUUCAUUUUCAUCACCAGCAACAACUCCAAUCCAUCGAUCACGUUCAGCCUAUGACCGGUUUCGUACCAGUGAUGAUGACACAGCAGCUCGAGGAUCAUUUCAGAAAUCAUCCAGGGAGAUGCACAUGGCUUAUGCACUUGCAACGCCUCACGCACCAAGCUGGUAUCAUGAUGGACCAUCACCUUUUGGAUUUAUGCUACAACUUGCCGAUGAGAGGACUUACAUUUUCAGCUGUGAAUCCAAAGCACAAGCACAAGAGUGGAUCCAACAUUGCAAUUAUUGGGCAGCACGUGAAAGCAAGAUACCAUUAGGAUGUGGGGUGAGCAAUGCGACUUUUGGCUGGGAAUCACACAUCCUCAAAGGCUUGAUCGACCUGGAUCGUAUGCCAAUACAAGAUUGGAUCCCACCCACUAUCCCCUUUAUUGGCCCCACCAUCACAAGCCAACAUGAGCAAUACAGCUUUAUCCAAGAUCAUCUUCAAAGCCUGCGAAGUGAACACGAGAAGCACAUGGCUGUCUGGAAACCAAUGACAUUGGUGGCAAGAGAUACCUCAAGGUGGUCUCAAAUGCUAAGGAAUUGGGAAAACAAGAAACGUUUUUUGGACAAAGAGAUACAGCGUUACAAGACGUAUGCUGAUGCGUUACAGCAACAAGAUGAGGGGGAAACGAAGGAUCGGAAAAAGGUUGAGGAUCGGCAAUCACAGCAAGAGCAGAAGGAAGAGAAGGCUCAUGUUGAGCAAGGAUCAUCACAACCACAACAACAACAACAACCAUCCACACCACCACCAUCAUCAUCAUGGUCAGUCAAGCUUGAUUUUAAUGACACUUCAUGGACCGUGGGGACCGAUUUGCUCAAGGAAAUCAAUGAAGAAUUGAAGCUCUCUGAUAGCGGCUCAUUGCUUACAACGUAA